AGCUCCCACUACUCUCAAUCAUUUCAAAACCCAUUCCCUCUCACUUAACCCUCCCAAUCCUUUUAUAUAUACUUCAUCCCAUCUCUAUAUCUUCUCAAUUCUCAUCAUUCAAACACCCUAGAAUAUUUCGUAUUCAACCAUGUCCAUCACUGGACUCUCUGACUCCGAUAGACUCUACAAGAAAUCACACCACUGGAGGAAUGACUCCGGCGAGCUUGACGUUUUCGAGGCUGCAAGGUAUUUCUCUGGGUAUAAUGAAGGUGGUGCUGGAUAUAACGCAUGUGGAUCCUACACGCAGAAGAUCAUGAGAGAAGAGAGGCAGCCAUGGAGACCAGGAGGUGGAAGAAUAAGCUUAGACGUGCCCAUGAGAUCAAAUCCAGUCUCGCAUCUUCACCAACAGUACUCUCAUCAUCAUCUUCAUCACCAUUCAUCAUCUAUGGAGAAGCAGAUUAUGAAGGAGAAGAAGUACAAGCAACCGAGCUCUCCAGGUGGCAGACUGGCUAGUUUCUUGAACUCUCUAUUCAAUCAAACAGGUUCCAAGAAGAAGAAAUCAAAGUCAACGACACAGUCAAUGAAAGACGAAGAGGAAAGCCCAGGUGGAAGGAGGAAAAGAAGGAGCAGCAUUAGCCAUUUUCGAAGCUCCAGCACCACUGAUACAAAGUCCAUGUAUUCUUCGUCUUCGGCGUCAGGGUUUAGAACACCUCCUGCUUACGCACACACGCCGACAAAGAGCUAUAAGGAUUUGAGAACCUUGUCGUCGGAUCACAAGCAAAUAAUUUCCUUGCCAAAGAACGCAAAAUCUACACAAAAUGAUGAGGCCUCUGCAGAUCAUGACCAAAUUAAAAUCAACACAGAUUUUUCUUGGUUGGAUGAGAAAUUAAAGUUAAUUGACGCUUAUACAGAGAAACAAAAGAAUGUGGGUAAGAACCAAGAUAGAAUGUGGGAGGAGAAGGAGUUUAGAAAGUUGAACGAGAUGAUGGAUGAUGGAGGAGAAAGUGACUCGAGCUCUGAUCUGUUCGAGCUGCAGAACUACGACUUGGGUAUUUAUUCAACUGGGUUGCCUGUUUACGAGACGACGCAUAUGGACACUGCCGUGAAAAGACCAAUUUCCAAUGCAGCCCUAUGAACAGAUCGAUCCAUCACCAUGAUCAACCUGUACAUUUUCUCGUCGUCAUCAUCAUGUGAAUCAAAAUUUAUGGCUUCUUUCU